GCGGCUGGUGUGGCCGCAAGACAAGGGCGGGAGGGCCGGGCAAGGCAAGGAAUUUCCCCGCCGGUGGCGGCGUACGGCUGCUGGGGAAUUACGCGUGGAAGAAACCGCGGUCCGGAUCCGACGCCCCGAGCAUGGCGGGGGAGCCCGGAGCCGCCGAGGCUGGAUGAGGCGGAGGAGGAGCAGGAGGACGCGGCGAAGGAACCGGAGCGGGAGCAGAUCCUUCUCCGUCCCGGCAUGGCCCGCUGGAUCCCCACGAAGCGGGAGAAGUACGGCGUGGCAAUCUAUAAUUACGACGCUGUCCAGGAUGUGGAACUAUCCUUGCAGGUUGGCGAUACCGUUCACAUUCUGGAGAUGCUUGAAGGUUGGUACAGAGGAUAUACUCUUCGAAAUAAGACCCAAAAGGGCAUUUUCCCAUCUACGUAUAUUCAUCUAAAAGAUGCAACUGUUCAAGAUGGCGGACAAAAUGAAACAGUAAUUCCUAGUGAGCUGCCUUUAGCCCAGGAACUGACUUCUACUCUUCGGGAAUGGGCAGUUAUCUGGCACCGGCUGUAUGUGGACAACAAGAAGACACUCUUUCGCCAAGUGCAGCAGAUGACCUACAGCCUGAUUGAAUGGAGGUCCCAGAUACUUUCAGGUACCCUCCCCAAAGAUGAGCUGGCUGAACUCAAGAAGAAAGUCACAGCUAAAAUAGACUAUGGCAAUAGGAUCUUGGGAUUGGAUUUGGUUGUUCGAGAUGACACUGGGAAUAUCCUGGAUCCAGACGCUACCAGCACAAUUGCACUCUUCAAAGCCCAUGAGACAGCAUCCAAAAGAGUCAAUGAAAGGAUUCAAGAGGAAAGGACCCUCCAGCAAGAUUUAGGCCUGCGGGGACAGGCCAUUUUCAGCAGCACCCACACCUACAGCCUGUAUGUCAACGUCAAGAAUUUUGUCUGCAACAUUGGCGAGGAUGCGGAACUACUCAUGAGCCUUUAUGAUCCUGACCAGUCCUUAUUCAUCAGUGAAAGCUAUCUGGUUCGUUGGGGAAGCACCGGAAUGCCAAAAGAAAUUGAGAAGCUGAACAAUCUUCAAGCUGUCUUUACAGACCUCAGCAGUUCUGAUUUGAUUCGUCUUAGAAUCAGCCUGGUGUGUCAGAUUGUGAGAGUGGGCCACAUGGAGCUUAAAGAAGGCAAGAAGCAUACCUGUGGCCUGCGGAGACCCUUUGGAGUGGCAGUGAUGGACAUAACAGACAUCAUCCACGGGAAGUUGGACGAUGAGGAAAAACAACACUUCAUUCCCUUUCAACAGAUUGCCAUGGAAACAUACAUCAGACAAAGGCAGUUAAUGGCUCCCUUAAUAACAUCUCAUGUGAUUGGAGAGAAUGAGCCCCUGACCUCAGUUUUCAACAAAGUCAUCGCUGCAAAAGAAGUGAAUCACAAAGGGCAAGGUCUCUGGGUUUCACUAAAGCUGCUUCCUGGUGAUUUGGCUCAGGUUCAGAAGGACUUUUCUCAUCUUAUUGACAGAUCAACAGCAGUGGCCCGCAAAAUGGGAUUCCCCGAGAUUAUUCUUCCUGGUGAUGUUCGAAAUGACAUCUAUGUCACCCUGGUUCAUGGGGAGUUUGACAAAGGGAAGAAGAAGACUCCCAAGAAUGUAGAGGUCACCAUGUCUGUCCAUGAUGAAGAUGGCAACCUUGCAGAGAAAGCUAUCCAUCCAGGGGCUGGUUAUGAAGGUAUCUCUGAAUACAAGUCAGUUGUCUACUAUCAAGUCAAGCAGCCAUGCUGGUAUGAAACUGUAAAGGUAUCCAUUGCAAUAGAAGAGGUUAGCCGUUGCCAUUUGAGGUUCACCUUCCGUCAUCGCUCAUCACAGGAAUCACGAGAUAAAUCUGAGAAGGCUUUUGGAAUGGCCUUUGUGAAACUGAUGAAUGCAGAUGGUACUACCCUACAAGACGGCAGACAUAACUUAAUAGUCUACAAGGGGGAGAACAAGAAAAUGGAAGAUGCUAAAUACUACUUAACACUUCCUAGCACCAAAAUGGAAAUAGAGGACAGGGAUGGUCCUUCAGUUAAGCAUCAGCCUCAUGUAACCAACUUUACUCUGACCAAAGACAGCACAAAAGAUAGCUUUCAGAUUGCCACUCUCAUCUGCUCUACAAAGUUGACGCAGAAUGUUGACCUAUUGGGACUGCUGAACUGGCGUUCAAACUCCCAAAACAUAGGACACAAUCUGAAGAAGCUAAUGGAAGUGGAUGGAGGAGAGAUUGUGAAGUUCUUACAAGAUACGCUUGAUGCACUUUUUAACAUAAUGAUGGAGAUGUCAGACAACGAAUCCUAUGACUUCCUUGUAUUUGAUGCUCUGGUAUUUAUUAUUUCUUUGAUUGGCGACAUCAAGUUUCAACACUUUAAUCCUGUCCUUGAAACUUACAUCUACAAGCACUUCAGUGCCACCUUGGCCUAUGUGAAGCUAACCAAGGUUCUGAAUCACUACGUAGGGAACGCAGAAGAUGCCAGCAAGACAGAGUUGCUGUUUGCUGCUUUGAAAGCCUUGAAGUACCUCUUCCGGUUCAUUGUUCAGUCAAGGGUCCUAUAUCUACGAUUUUAUGGGAAAAGCGAAGAUGGGGACGAGUUUAAUAAUGCUAUCCGCAAGCUGUUCCUCUCCUUUAAUGUCCUUAUGGACCGACCUCUAGAUGAGGCUGUCAAGAUAAAGGGUGCUGCUUUAAAGUAUUUACCAAGUAUCAUCAACGAUGUCAAACUGGUAUUCGAUCCAGUUGAGCUCAGCGUUCUCUUUAGCAAAUUCAUCCAAAGCAUCCCUGACAACCAGCUGGUUCGUCAGAAACUGAACUGCAUGACCAAGAUCGUCGACAGUGACCUGUUCCGUCAGUCUGAGUGCCGAGAUGUUCUCCUGCCUCUGCUGGUCGAUCAGUUAAGCGGACAGCUGGAUGAUAAUUCCAACAAGCCUGACCAUGAGGCUUCUUCGCAGCUCCUCAGCAAUAUUCUUGAGGUUUUGGAUCGUAAGGAAGUGGGCCCCACCGCUGUUCACAUCCAGUUGAUUAUGGAGCGCCUGCUGAGGAGAAUAAACCGGACAGUGAUUGGAAUGAGCCGACAGUCUCCUCACAUUGGCACAUUUGUAGCUUGCAUGACAGCCAUCUUGAGGCAGAUGGAGGAUUCCCAUUAUAACCACUACAUCAGCACUUUCAAAACCAGACAAGACCUUAUUGAUUUCCUGAUGGAAACAUUCAUCAUGUUUAAGGAUCUGAUUGGAAAGAACGUCUAUGCAAGUGACUGGAUGGUUAUGACUAUGAUGCAGAGCAGCGUUUUUCUUCGAGCCAUUAACCAAUAUACUUCUGUGCUCCACCGCUUCUUCUUGAAUGAGACAAGUUUUGAACUGCAGCUGUGGAAUAAUUACUUUCACUUGGCUGUAGCCUUUCUUACCCACGAUUCCCUCCAGCUGGAGAGCUUCUCGCAGGCCAAACGGAACAAGAUGGUCAAGAAAUAUGGGGACAUGAGGAAGGACAUUGGCUUCAAAAUAAAAGACAUGUGGAAUAACUUAGGACCUCACAAGAUCAAAUUCAUCCCUUCUAUGGUUGGCCCGAUCCUGGAGGUGACCUUGACACCUGAGCCUGAAUUGCGAAAGGCAACCAUCCCCAUCUUCUUUGAUAUGAUGCAGUGUGAAUUUAACUUCAGUGGGAGCAGGAGCUUCCAUAAGUUUGAAAAUGAACUUAUAACCAAACUGGAUCAGGAAGUUGAAGGGGGUCGAGGAGAUGAACAGUACAAGGUUUUGCUGGAGAAACUUCUGCUGGAACGCUGUCAGAAGCAUACGUACCUAUCAAGCUCAGGGGAGGUAUUUGCUCUGUUGGUUAGCAGCUUGCUGGAGAAUCUCCUGGAUUACAGGACCAUCAUGCAAGAUGGCAGCAAAGAAAACCGCAUGAGUUGCACCGUGAAUGUGCUGAAUUUUUAUAAAGAAAAAAAGAGAGAGGAUAUAUACAUCAGAUAUUUGUAUAAACUCCGGGACCUGCACAGAGAUUGUGAAAACUACACCGAGGCAGCUUACACGCUUCUCCUUCAUGCUGAGUUACUCCAGUGGUCUGACAAGCCAUGUGUCCCACAUCUGCUUCAGAGGGACAGCUACUAUGUCUAUUCACAACAGGAGCUCAAGGAGAAGCUGUACCAGGAAAUCAUUGCAUUCCUAGACAAAGGCAAGAUGUGGGAGAAGGCAAUCCAGCUAAGCAAGGAGCUGGCUGACAUGUAUGAGAACAAAGUUUUCGAUUAUGAAGGGCUGGGCAGUCUCUUGAAAAAACGGGCCACAUUCUAUGAGAACAUCAUGAAGGCGAUGAGACCUCAACCAGAAUAUUUUGCUGUUGGAUAUUAUGGGCAUGGAUUCCCCUCCUUUCUCCGGAACAAGAUCUUCAUCUACCGGGGCAAGGAAUACGAAAGGAGAGAAGACUUCAGUUUGAAACUACUAACCCAGUUUCCAAAUGCUGAGAAGCUGAGCAGCACAGCUCCCCCACCAGAUGAGAUCAAAGCUUCCCAAAAGCAAUAUGUGCAGUGCUUCAUCGUUAAGCCUGUAAUGAACCCCCCACCGAACUACAAGGACAAGCCUGUUCCGGAGCAGAUACUGAACUUCUAUAGAGCCAAUGAAGUGCAGCAAUUUACAUAUUCCCGUCCAUUCAGGAAAGGAGAGAAAGAUCCAGAGAAUGAGUUUGCGACAAUGUGGAUAGAAAGAAUCACCUACACCACUGCCUAUUCGUUCCCCGGGAUUCUCAAGUGGUUUGAAGUCAAACAGAUUACCACGGAGGAGAUCAGCCCCUUGGAGAAUGCCAUCGAAACCAUGGAACUGACCAAUGAGAAAAUCAGCAACAGCGUUCAGCAGCAUGCCUGGGACCGGACCCUUCCAGUGCACCCCCUUUCCAUGCUGUUGAACGGCAUUGUGGAUCCAGCUGUCAUGGGUGGAUACACCAACUACGAGAAGGCAUUUUUCACAGAGAAAUAUCUUCAAGAGCACCCUGAAGAUCAAGAUAAGAUUGAACUGCUCAAGCAAUUGAUUGCCCUACAGAUGCCUUUGCUGGCAGAAGGCAUCAGGAUUCAUGGCGAGAAGCUGACAGAGCAGCUGAAGCCUCUCCAUGAUAGACUGACUUCAUGCUUCAAGGAGCUGAGGGGAAAGGUGGAGAAGCUCUAUGGUGUGAUAACUCUGCCUUCCUCGCUGACUGAGAGAAAACAGAACAGGUCUGGAUCGGUGGUUUUGCCAUACAUCAUGUCUUCCACUUUGAGAAGGCUCUCAGUUACCUCUGUGACUUCCUCCUCUACCUCAUCAGACAGUACCUCCUCCAGGCCUGGAUCAGAUGGAUCCAUCCUUGAACCACUCAUGGAAAGAAAGAUUUCAGUGAUCUCCAGGACAGAAGAACCCUCUGCCAAAGACGAUGGUGAGAACCGGAUUAAUAAAUUCAAGCGGAAGGAGUGGAGCAUCAGCAAAUCUCAAGUUAUCGUGGAGAAGCAGCCAGAGGCUGAGCUGACAUCCAAAACGAAUAUGUUGGGAAAAGCAAGGCCAAAGAGUCUCCAGCUGGGGGAAAGCCGACUGACACUCCUUCAAACUUCGUCACUCCAACAGGCCUCGCCGCUCAGCCCACCCCCAAUUACUCCAAAAACUCCAAGAACACAAAGUUUUCCAUCCUUGCAAGCAGAUGGAUUAGCAGUCAUUAAUGCACAGAACUCUCCACCCCCACCUCCACCCAAGGGGAAAUCCUGUGAGAAUAGCAAUGGGAGGAACUCCAUGGAGGUUGCACCACCAUUGCCCAUCAGGCGGGAAGUCAGGCCUCCCCCUCCUCCUCCAAAAGCCAGGAAGUCCGGUGUCCUUUCUUCAGAACAGGGACUUCAGUGAGAAUUUUAUGCCAGCCCUCUUGCACCUUGAACAAAUUGCCUGCUGUCCUGUUUGUAAAUAUGUGCCACUCGUGUCCCAGUUCCUUUCUCCCAGAUGGAAGGGCCAAAUGAUUCCACCUUCCUGCUUCCUUCUCCACACAGUUUCAUUACACCGUACCAAAAGAAGUCAUUUAAACCAUGGCAGUUUCCAAGCUUUUGACUUUCCUCGUUUGCACAUUUAAAGCACUCUGGUGUUCCUCACAUCAGAAUUGCAUCAUGUUUAACUAACUCAGAACACUUCAUAGCAUGAGCUUGGUGAAUCCACUCCUGUGGAGUUUUUCUGCUGCCUAUAAAACAGCAGUGGUGCCAAGAAUCCUUGUUUUUCCCCCAGCAGAAGUUCAUCUAGGUGUUUUAAACAGUGGUAAGCAUCAUCUGUAAAAGAUCGCCUUUUAUCUCUGUAGUGCUACAUUGGAUUUGCAUGAAGAUUUCCUACCUGCACCCUCCAAAGGAAACCUGGAAUAGAUCAGCCACAAAUCUGCGGAGAACAGAACCAACUGCAGUUUUCUAAAAGCAACCCACUGAGAUUUACGAGAUGUGUUCAGUUUGGCUAAGCACUGGGGUUUAACCUGACAUUCUCAAGGUCUGAGUCUUGGACCCAGUCUGGUGAGCUACUGUUGCCUUGUUGCUCAGAUUCAAAACACAAAAGGGAACCAGAGUGUGCAAGAUUGGCCUUUAUGACUGGCAGCCUUAGCAUAAAUAAUAGUAGCCUGGUCACUCGCCUUUGCCUGUUCAACGGAAUAGUGCCUUCUGUUUGUUUUACUCCAGACUCCUGCAUCUAACUCAACCUACUGACUUUGGGAAGCCUUCGCUAAAAGAUAUAUAUAUAUAUGUGUGUGUGUCUUCAGCCAUUGGCCUUCUCCUACCUCUGACCAGGGAAAGCAUAUCCCACGCUUAGGUAUUUUGCUUUGACAAGAACAUCAGUAUAUAGCAGCAGAAGACUCCUGAGGAUUUUGCUGGACAUCUCUUGCUGCAGAGGAGAACAGUUUUACCUAUUCUUGGACCAGCUUGGUGUCACUAUCUCAAGUCUUCAUCAUUCUUUCUGUGGAUUCCUCAGUGAUUUUAUAGCUAUCGGAACUUUGCACAUAAUCAGGGUUAAGUACAUUACUACAGCUUCAUUUCACCUAAAUCAUUUGCUGUAUAUUUUUACGUAAUAGCUGGUUGCCUUACAAGACUGACAUACAGGUGUAAUUAUCGUUGUGAAUAGUUCAUUCAGAGGACAAAUUGUGUACAAUGGUGCUGCUUGACCUCCCAAGCCUACAUCCAUAAUCCAAGACCAGUCAAGUACUUAGAUGUCCAAGAGAACUCUUUGCUAACCCUCAAAUAUGCAGCCCUGAAUUAUUUUCUCAGUCUGUACUACUUUGACUCUCUUGUAAAAAAAUGCCUCUGUAUUUUCUCAUUUUGUACCAAAAGCUUCAGGGCUGAGCCCUCUUAGGACUCGGAAAUAUUUGAAAAGUAAUACAGGUGGUCGGAGUGCUGCAUUUUUAAGCCAUCUAGGUUUGAAUUCCAGUGUAAACAAUUUAGCAAGCCACUAUUUUCCAGCAAUAUCUAUUUGGGCAUCUUUGCUAGAGCUUCUUAAUAACUGACUGUGUUUGUUGUUUCACUCCAAUACCUUUAUUAGCACAUCAGAAGGCUUUCACUAAGUUUCUCUGUCCUGAGAUCUCACCUGUGGCCUUUCAAAUUGGAGUUCAGGGAGAGUCUGUGUAUCAUAAUUUGGAAUAUCCAUGACAGAGAGAGCAGAGGUGUGCCCCAAUUUAAUUUUUGAUGCAGCCAAGAUGAAGAGAUUAGGCUGGAUUAAAUUUUCCUGUGGUAGAAUGGAACUUACCUGCCUCCCCCUCCCAGUGCAGUCUGCUGAUUUCCACAAAAUGCCGCUCCUAAGGAACAGGAGACCCUGAGGAAUGACAUGAGGGGGGGGGGGGUCUACAGUAGGAAAGAGGAAUUGGUGGAAAUUGCCAAUGUAGACUGGCUGAACCCAUUUUUAAUUUUUUAAAAUUUGAAAAACCAAAGACCUGUAAACCAGAUUUUUCACCCAAAUGGUAUGAUUGGUUUGCGUAGAGAUCAGAUGAUGACCUUAGAGAAAGUUGUGUAUUUAGUGUUUGUCCUUUUGAGAGAAGGCUCUGUGUUUAGUUUUUGUCCUUCCUUAACUUUUGUCACUGUUUGUUCAAAAACCACCAGCACCUGUUUAGAGUACUCAUCUUCAAUAGGCUGUCUGUUUACUGAACUCAGCCUUUCUUGUCCAAAGCACUUGGUUUGUUUCCCUACUUCAGCACCUCACACUGUCAUCUUGAACAAAAUGGCUAGCUGUAAGGCAUAAUUUGGGGCUUGAGUAUGCCCCACGACACCUUUUGCCCAUUGCCAAAAUUGUAACCUAUCAUCAUAUUCUUACAUUGGCUUUUGUUCAUUUCUUUGCUCUCAGCCCUUCAUCUGCUGUCAUCCUUCUUUCGAGGAGUUCAGGGUGGCACACUAAAGAGUUUAUGCAAUGUAAGCCCGCACUGAGAGUUGAGAAGAGAGUUUGCAGGAGACUCAAAGGGGCUGACAAUCUCCUUGCCCUUCCCCCCUCACAACAAACACCCUGUGAGGUGGGUGGGGCUGAGAGAGCUCCGAGAAGCUGUGACUAGCCCAAGGUCA